AUGGUCAUUCAUGGAUGCUUCCAGGGUUAUAUGGUGCCAAAAAGGUUGACGUUUCCAUCAGGAAUCAAAGCUCUUGCGGAUUAUGUUCAUGGCAAGGGGCUUAAACUUGGUAUUUACUCGGACGCAGGGCACCAAACAUGCAGCCAGACGAUGCCAGGUUCGCUUGGUCAUGAGCAGAAAGAUGCUGAAACUUUUGCUUCAUGGGGCAUUGAUUACCUCAAGUACGAUAAUUGUAACAAUGAUGAUUUGAAACCGAUGAAGCGGUAUCCUGAGAUGACUCGAGCUCUGAUGAGAACAGGCAGACCAAUUUUUGUCUCUUUAUGUGAAUGGGGAGAUAUGCACCCGGCUCUUUGGGCUGACAAGUUGGGGAAUAGUUGGAGAACAACUUUCGACAUAAACGAUUCAUGGGAAAGUAUGGUCUCGAGGGCAGAUCAGAAUGAAGUUUACGCUAAGCAUGCAAGGCCCGGCGGUUGGAAUGAUCCAGACAUGCUCGAAGUUGGAAAUGGUGGUAUGAGUAACGAUGAGUACAUCGUGCACUUCAGCCUCUGGGCUGCUUCCAAGGCUCCUCUUAUUAUCGGUUGUGAUGUAAGGAGCAUGACCAAGGAAACCUUGGCUAUCCUUGGCAACGACGAAGUGAUUGCUGUAAACCAAGAUCCUCUCGGUGUUCAAGCUAAGAAGGUGCGAAUGUAUGGAGAUUCCGAGGUUUGGGCAGGACCUCUCUCUGGAUACAGAACUGUAGUCGUUCUGUUGAACCGUUCCCCUGAAUUCAGAACCAUCACAGCUCAAUGGGAUGACAUCGGUCUUCCACCAAACACGGUUGUGGAAGUUAGAGAUCUUUGGAAGCAUGCGACACUAGAGAAGAGGUUCGUGAACGAACUGACAGCCGACGUACACCACCAUGCCUGCAAGAUGUUUCUGUUGACGCCUCUUACACAAUCAGAAGAGGAUAAACCGAAAGUCUAGUCACCGCUCGGUUGAAUAAAUGUACAAAUUCGAUGUUUGAAUUUAUUGGUAUUUUAAUGAAGUAGAUGGCUCGUAGGAUGAAUAAAUUCAUGUACAAAUUCGAUGCUUAAAU